AUGUCCUCCUCUACUCUUAUGAACCUGCGCACUGCACGAUCCUUUGCUCCUCGUCUGCGUGUGAGCCCUGCGCGCCCAUUCCUCCAGCUGCGCGGCAAGGCGACUUCGCCCUUCCGUCUCCCAGACCCUCGCAAUGAGCCCAACCCGCUGUACAAGAAAGGCUCCGAGGAGCGCGUGAAGCUCGAGGAAGCUCUCGUCAAGCUCCGGGCCCAACUCCCGGUCCAGAGCAACAUUGUCUACAAUGGCCAGGCCCAGAAGUCGGCCAAGUCGUGGGACCAGCCUCUCCCCGCGGAGCACGAGACCGUCUUCACCAACUACCCCCUCGCCACCAAGGAGCAGACCCAGGCUGCGAUCCAGGCUGCGCUGGACGCAAAGAAAGACUGGGAGGAGACGCCCUUCGUGGACCGAGCGGCCAUCUUCCUCAAGGCCGCCGAGCUGGUGACGGGCAAGUACCGCUAUGAGCUGAUUGCCGCGACGAUGCUGGGCCAGGGCAAGAACAUCUGGCAAGGUGAAAUUGAUGCCGCCGCGGAGCUGGCGGACUUUUUCCGCCUCAACUGCAACUAUGCUGCUGAGAUCCUCGAGAGACAGCCUACUCGCGGUAGCGACGGCAUGUGGAGUCGUCUGGACUACCGUCCUCUGGAGGGCUUCGUCUACUCCAUCUCCCCUUCAACUUCACCGCGCUGGGUGCCCUCUCCCUCCAACGUCUACGCCAGCAGCAUCAUCUACAAGAUCCUCCGCGAAGCCGGUCUCCCUCCCAACGUCAUCCAAUUCGUCACUGGUGAGCCUGAGACCAUCAACGACGUCGCUCUCUCCCACCGCGACUUUGCCGGUCUGAACUUCAUCGGUUCCUCGGACGUCUUCCGCUCCCUCUACGGCCGCAUCGGCGAGGGCAUCGCCAACAAGACCUACCGCGAAUUCCCCCGCGUCGUCGCCGAGACCAGCGGCAAGAACUUCCACUUGAUCCACCCCACAGCCGACAUCCCCAGCGCCGUGAACCACACCAUCCGCGGUGCCUUCGAAUACCAGGGCCAGAAGUGCUCUGCCACCUCGCGCGUGUACCUGCCCGAGUCUCGGGCCGAGGAGUUCCUUACUGGCCUCAAGGCUGGCGUCAAGGAGAUCACCAUCGGCAACCCAGACAAGAACCUUGAGGCCUUCAUGGGACCGGUCAUCCACUCCCGCUCCUUCGACAAGAUCACCUCCAUCAUCGACCGAAGCAACAAGGACCCCUCCAUCAAGCUUCUGGCCGGUGGCACCUACGACGGCUCCGUCGGAUACUACGUCCACCCGACCGUCUACCAGGUCGAUUCCCCCGACCACCAGCUCUUCAACGAGGAGAUCUUUGGCCCUGUCCUGGCCGUCUACGUCUACCCCGAUGCCGAGUGGUCCUCGACCCUGAAGAAGGUCGACGAGGCCGGCGGCGGUCUGGCCCUGACCGGCGCCGUCUUCGCUCAGGACCGCAAGGUCAUCCGCGAAGCUGAGGAUGCUCUCCGCUACUCUGCCGGUAACUUCUACAUCAACUGCAAGACCACUGCCGCCCUCAUCGGCCAGCAAUCCUUCGGUGGUGCUCGUGCCAGCGGUACCAACGACAAGGCUGGUAGCUCCGAUGUCCUGCGCCGCUUCACCAGCCCGCGCUUGAUUAAGGAGGAGUUCUUCCCCCAGACUGGAUUCACUUAUCCCAGCAACCACUAA